CCUGUUAACAGGUGGCACGGCCAACUACAGGUUGCGGUGACCAACACGGCUACCUGUCGACUUCCUCAUUAAAGCUUGCAACCGUAAUUACGUCGAACUAUUCUCGUCAGAACCAAAAAGAUAUUACCCUCGUUCGAAACAAUUCGUACGGGACAGGUGGUCCUAAAUAACACACUUUUAUUUUGUUCCGUGCGUAUUAAUACUUGUUAAUGACGCUAUAAAAGUUGAUUGACGUUCAGAAAUAUUUGUUUCCGACCCAAAUACACACAAUAUUUUAGGACAACGAAGCACGAAACGUUUAUCGAUCCUCUACUGUAUCAUUAACAUAUUAACUGCCAUCAGAAAGUUUAGGAAUUAUUGAAAAAAGUCAUUUCGCGUGGACUAGUAACGACGUAAUAGUCUUGACCAAAAUAAAGUUUGGCCUUGGAACAGCUGAGCAACGUAGGAAAAGCGCGGGAAAUGGGCGAACGCACGCGAGGUUGAAACUAUUGAAAAGUGAGUGCGUGAAAUGUUAGUUCGAUUCGAAUCGUGAUAAUGUCAGACAUAAGGAGUGUUCUGUCCCUGCUAUGCCAGCAUUUAAAUUUAUCCAUCCAUGUCACGAUGAAACCCGAAUAUUUCAGGCUGGCGAAAUUCAAUGGCACGGCCGAGAAUGUCACCAAGACGUUCUGGAAAGCGUUGCAUGUUUUGAGUUACCAGGCUGUAAGAGAAAAACAGAUCGAAAUCAAUUUCGAACAAUGUGAUACGACGUGGGCUACGAAAUUGUAUUUUGCGUGUUUACAGUACCCAGCAAUAGAGUUUUAUGCUUUCGACGAGGACAGUAAGAACAACAGACAGUUAUUAUUAGCAUUAGCAUGGCUUCUUGGAACACAAAAUGUUCUCAGUAGCAUAAUUAGAGUAAAUUUAUCCGACAGUGUACUUGGAAGGGAAUGUUCUAAGUCAUGCAACUUUGAAAAGAAAGACAUAGAGUAUAGUAUACCAGAGACAUUGACUGCACAAACAAAUAAUAUAUUACACUUGAGCACUAAAGUGAAUUACAAUAUAAAAGCAAUAUCUGAAUUGAUUACUGAGAGAGCUAAUUUAAUAAGCAAAGUUCAUGCUGCGAGCAUCGAUACCAGUGCUCUUCCACAUCUGAGUGUAUCAGAAUUAGCAUUGAUAAAACAUAUUGCAACAUCUAGUAAAAGUGCACUAUCCGGCGAAGAUAAAACAUAUUUAAAAGAAUUAUCUGACAUUGGUACUUUAUUAGAUAUACAUAUGAAAUGGUUGAAAAAGGAAUAUAUAUUUUUUGAAUGGAUGGUAACAGUAGUCAAUGAGCAGAACAAAUCUCUUGAUUCCAGUGUAAACAAUAUAAAUUGGAACGAAGUUAUAAAAUUCGUUUCCUUGUUAAAUCACAUUGUCAAAGAAAAGCUUGACACUCUGUCUACCAAGGAGGAAUCCAGCUCUCAGGAUUCCAAACUUGGAUGCGUAUCGCGUUUGUUGAGGUCGAAAAAGAAUGGAACAGAAAUGGAUAAUUGGCUAACAGAGAUUUCUGCCGAAUUGAACAAAGAAACGAAGGGUUUAGCCGAGAAAAAGGAAAGACUUUCCGACGAAUUGAAAAAGAUUCUACAGCUAAUCCCUUCCUGUAUUCAACUUUAA